CGUCACAAGCUUUAGAGGCGCUAAAUUUUAUUUUUGUUGGAACUGAUCGAUUGGAAUUCAAAAUACAAUUCAGAUAAUAUGCGUUGAUUUAAAUUUUGAGACGAAUUUAGUCGACCAAGGUGACGACAUCGUGCGGGGCUCGUACGUUUGGCUUUGUUCUUUGUCUGCGUCGCGGGACGACGGGAGAGGACGUUGGGAAGAGGGAGUGGCCUCAUAUAAAAGACUCCGCGCGCGUCCACAUCGGCCAUUCUGGGGUCUGUUUAAAGGUUUGCUGUGGUCUUGAGACACCGUUGAACUUCGCGAAACAAAGAAAAAUCCCCCCACAGUUGAACCUCUGAGACGACACACAAAAAAGCCAGCUACAUUUCUGAUCGUCUGUAUUGGGAAGCUGUUAAAAUUCUUUGUGACCUGAAGGAGAACAACUGCCACUAAAAACAUAAAAAACCAAAAUUAAUAUUUAGCAACAACUUUCCCCGAUCUUUUUUUUAUCAAGCAGCUUUUUGUUACUUAUUGACUAUCAAAAAGUUGCUAGUUUUUUUUAAAAAUGAGCAAAAUCAAAUUCAUUUUUUUCUUUAAAAACACAGCUUAAUCCAAAAAAGAUAAACCUUGAGGCGCUGUCGACGAGAAAAUUAAUUGGAUAAAUUUCCCACCAUGGGUUCGAGACCGAUAGACCCAAAGGAACUCUUGAAAGGAUUGGACUGUUUUCUUGGCAAAGAUGGUGAAGUCAAAACUCAUGAAGGCAUCACUAAAAUUUUCAACUUAAUGAAAGAUGCACAGAAGAUGGUCAGUCGUUGCACAUACCUGAACAUCUUGUUGCAGACCCGAGUGCAAGAUAUACUUGCAAAAUUCAUCAAGGUUGGUGGCUACGAGCUCCUCAACUCAUGGCUGACUAACUCGAAAGCAUCCAAUAAUGUGCCCCUUCUUCAGCAGAUUCUGCUGACGUUGCAGCACUUACCUCUUACGGUGGAUCAUCUGAAACAAAACAAUACUGCCAAACUGGUGAAGCAGCUCAGCAAGACAAGUGAGGAUGAAGAGCUCCGCAGACUGGCUUCCAUACUAGUCAGUGACUGGAUGGGUGUCAUCCGCUCUCAGAGUAGCUCACAGCCUACAGAGCGAGAGAAGAAAAAGCGAAAGGAGGAAAAUAAAAGCAAAGCACCUGUUCAGGAGAAACCUCAGGAAGCCAAAUCAGAAGCUAAGCCUGAGGAGACACCUGAGAAGAAGAAAGAAAAGCCGAAAUCUCUUCGCACGACAGCACCUAGCCAUGCAAAGUUCCGUUCCACUGGUUUGGAAAUGGAGACUCCAUCACUUAUUCCUGUAAAGAAAAACAUCAAUGCUGCAGUAACCUCUGACAAAUACAACCUGAAGCCAAUACCACUGAAGCGACAGAACACAUCUGCUCCUGUUGGAGAGAACCCACCUGCCGAGAAGAAAUACAAGCCUCUCAACACAACCCCUAAUGCAACCAAAGAGAUUAAAGUGAAGAUCAUCCCUCCACAACCUAUGGAAGGCUUGGGCUUCUUGGAUGCCCUAAAUUCUGCCCCUGUCCCAGGGAUUAAGAUCAAGAAGAAAAAGAAAGUCCUGUCUCCGACUGCAGCUAAGCCAAGUCCUUUUGAAGGGAAGCCAGCCCCAGAAACCAGUGCUGCCAAGCCAUCUUCUCCGGAACUUGCCCCUGCCUCAGAAACAAUGGACACGGAUAGACCUGGCACCCCAGUACCGGCCGUGGAGGUUCCGGAGCUUAUGGAGACAAAUUCCUCCGAGCCAGGUGGGUUGCUGGAUUCCAAACCAGCUGAUAGCCCAGUCGACUCAGCACAGCUGACCAAGAAGGGCAAGAAGAAAAAGACAGUGAGCUGGCCUGAGGAAAGCAAGCUGCGGGAGUACUUCUACUUUGAGUUGGAUGAGACUGAGCGAGUCAACGUUAACAAGAUCAAGGACUUUGGUGAGGCUGCCAAGCGAGAGAUGCAGAAGGAUCGUGAGGCUUUUGAGACGGCCCGUCGGCUCAGUCAUGAUGCCAUGGAGGAGAAGGUCCCCUGGGUCUACCCAAAGCCCAUUGACUUACUUGCUCCACUGGUUCAUCCAGGAAGUAACAGCCAAGAAAAGUUCACCCAAGCUGAGCGUGAGAAGAGCAUUUUACAGGAACUCUUCCUCUCAAAAGAGAGUGUUCCUGACAGCCCUCAUGAACCUGACCCGGAGUCUUACGAGCCAGUGCCACCCAAGCUUAUUCCUCUGGAUGAAGAAUGCACCAUGGAUGAGGCCGCCUACGAGGAAAGACUCGACCCGGCCACCGCCUCGCAGUCUCCGGACGGAGCUGGGGGCUCCAAGCUGCCCCCGGUCCUGGCCAACCUCAUGGGCAGCAUGGGGGCAGGCAAGAACCCACAGGGCCCCAACCCCUCCAUCAACGUGCAAGAGAUCCUCACCUCCAUCAUGGGCGGCGCAAACAAUCAUAAAACGGAGGAGCUGAUGAAGCAACCAGACUAUUCAGACAAGAUCAAGCACCUGCUGGGCAACUUGCAGGGACAGCCUGGACCAGGUCCUUCAGGAGUUCCACAUACACUGCUCGGACCAGGACCAGGGCCAGUCCCCAAUGGAUUCCCACCAGGGCCCAAGAAUAUGCAACACUUCCCUCCUGGAGGUCCCGGACCCAUGCCUGGACCGCAUGGAGGCCCGGGUGGCCCUAACAUGCCCCCAGGCCCUGGUGUGCCCAGUGGACCUCGGAUGAUGGGCCCACCCCCUCCCCAGUGUAAUGACGGAUACUGGGACCCUCCUGAUGGUGGCAUGCGUGGUGGGCCCCAUGGCGGCAUGAGAGGUGGCAGUCCAGGACCAGGACCAGGACCUGGACCUGGCCGUUACCAUCGUGGGCGUGGUGGCCGAGGCGGAGAGCCCUCGUUCCGUGGGCGAGGAGGCGGACGUAACAGUGGCCCCCCGAAUGGUAGGGGUGGCCCUCCCAACAACAACAUGGGCGGUGGCCAUGGAGGGGGACACGGCGGUGGUGGCCACGGAGGUCACGGAGGAGGGGGCCACCCAGGGGACCACAGCAGGGGACAUCCAGGCGGACAUCCAGGCGACCACGGCAGGGGACAUCCAGGAGGUUAUCCGGGGGACCACCCCCGGGGAUAUCCAGGGGACCACAGCCGGGGACAUCCGGGAGACCAUGGCAGAGGUCACCCAGGGGACCGCGGCUGGGGCCAUGAUGGAGACAGGUCAAUGCGUUCAGUAUGUCGUCACUUCACGAUGAAAGGCAGCUGCAGGUACGAGAACAAGUGUGCCUUCUACCACCCCGGUGUGAACGGACCACCCUUGCCCUAGUCAUAGGGACCUGGUCCCCCCCUCUCUUCUAACUGUGGUAUCAGCACACAUUCCCAUGUCGUGGACUCUGGGGCUUGAGCUCCAACUUCAGACUCAUGCUGCAUCCAUCUUUUUAUGGCUUCUGUGAGGCCCUUUAAAUGCUUGGGGCAAGGGGAGGCAACUGCUCGCUCCUUCUGCAUCUGCUGCUACUCUUGAACUGCCACAUCACCCCCCCCCCCCACAAAAGGAACCACUGGGAGGCACCUUCUCCCUCCUGCCUGCAGGGCGAUGAGGCCACCAAUGACUUGAAAGCACAAGAGGACUUAUGGAGGGUUUUAAAACUGAUUUGUGUGACCAUCCCUGUGAAACCAGCAACGGAAGAGGGGACGCUGCUGCUCACACAGCCCUGCCUGGGCUCUGGGCUGUAUUCCACAGAUUCCCAGGAUCCAGACCCGCACUGAAGACAUUUGCUUUGGUUUGGAAGAACAGCUGGCAUCUACAGGAGAACGCUUGCCGUUUCAGGAAGGCAGGGAUUGGGGGGUGGAGGAACUGCUUGUGGAUCAUUCUGCUGUGUGGGAUGUGAGGCCAAGGAAUCCACUGCUGUCUAAAGGCCCACUAGGAGAAGGGGGAAUUCCAACAGCUGCCACUUGCACAAGACCCUCUUGAGCCACGGUGCCCCCAUCCUCCCCUUUGUAAAAUACCCCCUUGCAGUGUCCCCACUGACUGCAGAGCUGUGAUUUCCCUUGGUGCUAAGCCUGUCAUUGGGGGAAACCUACAAACUGUUUUCUAUGAAAACUCGACCUUGACUCUAAAGAUUUAGGGGGUAAUUUUUGUUUUCCUGAUUUUGUUGUUGGUUGUGGGGGGUUUUUUAAACUGUCUCACGAGAUGUGGACUCCUCACUACAUCUUUUGUCUACCCCUCUCCUUGAAGUGGGUGCAGCAACCCCCUCACCUGAGGGGAAGAAAACGUCUCCCUCUCUAAGUUUUGUAUAUUUUGUACAUUAGUAAUAAACACGGUGGAAAAAAUGAAUUAUCUAAUUUAA